AUGAAAGCUAGAUCUCAAUAUCAUAUUCAACCUUGGCACUUCCUUCGUUUUCCUGGUGAUCUUCCUUUCCUAUUUGAAACCGGUUACAUUUCAGUAGGUAAAAAUGAUGACGUACAGUACUUUUACUAUUUCUUUGAGUCGGAAAGGAGCCCGAAAAACGACCCUCUCUUACUUUGGGUCAGAGGAGGGCCUGGUUGUGGUGUUCUCACUUCUAUUCUGCUUCAGAUA